AUGGCAGAACCGGGCAUCGGCACCUUGAUCAUCGCCUUAAUCGAUGGCAAGUUCGACGCCAUGGACCGCCAAAUCUCCAGUCUGCGCGAGGAGCUCGACGAGAAGAUGUCGGACGUCACGCUCAAGCUCAAGAAAUUGGGCGAUGACGCUAAUGCCCAUAGCGAGAAGUUGAACGAAUUGGACGCGAAGCAAGUUGAGCUGUCGAAGAGUAUAGCUCUUCUCCAGAAGCCUCUCAACUCGCUAGCGAAGGUGGAGGAAAUGGUGAGAGAUCUGGGAGAAGAGUACAACAAUGUCCAAGAAGAGGUAUCACGUCAGAAGGAGCUUCAGGUUACGAUGUUGGAGCAACACAAUGACCUGCGCCUCACGGUCCAUCGUCAGCAGGGAUUUAUAGACACGGUUCUAGGCGCUGCCGCGAACUAUCCAGGCGGCGGCGCGAAGAGCGUGUCCGUCCGCCCAGUCUCCGCUUCAUCUCCUACCCUCAACGGCAACACUUCACCUAACCGUUUCCCGGACGAGUCGACAGAGGAAGAGAACCGCAAACGCACCGCCUUCGCAAGAAACAGUGCAAGUUUUGACGCCGAGGCGAUUGACUCCAACGCUAUGCGUGCCGAUUCUGUACCAGCCUCUCUGAAGCGUCGCAAAGCCAAACAAGACCUCAAAGCAGGUCACGAACGCCACUCAAGCGAAAGCGGCAUCCUCUACGAGCAGCACCGCAGCAGCGAUGAAAUCGUCCUCGUAGCAGCUCAGGUUCAUCGUCGUGCGUCUCGUGAGCUACCGCUGCAGAGCCCAGGUACUCGCAAGAUCCUGGAGGCACUGGAGAAUGGUCGCGACAGCGCAGAAGUCCUCCGCGCCGAGCGUGGUGCCUGCCAUUGA